AACACGUUUGUAGAAAUUGUUAAUAUGGCAGAAAUUCGUGUAUCUAGUGUUGUUUAAGCUGUGAAACUAAUUGACAAAACAGUAAUCUAUUACUAAAGAGUGCUGUGAUGUGUACAAAGUCGUGAAUUUUCUGGUCCCGUCCAUAUAAAAGUCAAUUUUUUGUGAAAAAAACUGACUAAAAUAAUAUCUUCAUAUCAUAUUCAUUCCAAGUCAACAUCGAAGUUUUUGUGUUUUUUUUUUCCUCACGUUCAUCUACUUUGUUUAUUAUGAAUUUGAUUGUAUUCUGCCCUCAGUGACAUACAAUCAAAUUAAGUAUAACAGGUUAUUACAACGAGAUAUUGUCAUGGAUCUACAUGGAUCCCAUGCAAUUGCACAACUUGUGUGUCACGGUAUACAAACAAAGUGGUAGUGGUAAUUGACAUAAAACAAAAGUGUGUUGGUGUGCCCUGGCAGGUAUUAUAUAUUGGAGCCACUGGGCUAUGGCCAACCUGAAUUUUGAGCAGCCUCCACGCAGUAUUGCGAACACAAGCCUUACUUCGCGCGCGGGUGGUGGGGGGGGCUUAAAUUCGUCGACCCUUGCAGGUCAUGUCACGCCCACAUCGGGCAUGUUCUCAGGCUCAUCUGCGAGUACUUCAAGUACAGCGAACUCUGUGGUAGUGGUUACCAACGUUUAUCCUGGUGCAUCAGGAUCAGGAGGCACGCAGACCAGUCAUCAAUCCCAACAACAACAGCUCUCUCCUAUGAGUAGCAGAGGGCUGUUUGGACAAAGGGCUUUCACAGAUAGACGUACAAUGCCUGCUCUUGGAACCUCAAAUCCAAUGGGUAGUAUGGGCAGUUUUGGUAUACCUCCAAGUCGCAACUACGGAUCUCAAGGUGCGAUUAAUAAUUUCCAUUCUGUAUUUGGGAGUGGAGGAGGUGGAGAUACAAGUACACCCCCUCUAUUAGACCUUUCGGAAUUUCCAUCCUUGACAAAUAGAGGCCAGGGUGAUUCCAUGCCUCAGCCUAGUCCCAUGCCUGGAAAACAACCGUAUGUUGGAAUGGUAAAGCAACCAACAUCAGAGUCGAGUGAAUUUACUAUGAGUUCAGAAGAUUUUCCUGCUUUACCAGGCACACAAAACAGAGAAGGUCCAUCACCAGGUGGAAGUGUUUCUGGAGAUAAAAGUAUAUCCGUUGGUCUAGGCCCAGAAAUUGGCCAGGAUGUAUUGCAAGCAAAUAGAGCACCUGGAUCUGAGAAAUCUCAGUCGUCUAAAAGAGGCAUUCAAACAUCUCCAGAUGGAAAGGUGACAAAUAUACCUGCGAGUAUGGUAAAGGAUCAAUUUGGAAUGGUUGGUCUCUUAACUUUUAUCAGAGCAGCAGAAACGGAUCCAAAUUUAGUAUCUUUGGCGUUAGGACAAGAUCUUACAGCAUUAGGAUUGAAUCUUAAUUCUCCUGAAAAUUUGUAUCAAAAUUUUGGUGGUCCUUGGGCAGAAACACCGUGUAGACCACAGGAUAUUGACUUUCAUGUACCACCAGAAUAUCUUAUUAAUUCAGCAAUAAGGGAUAAGUUAGCACCAGUUAAACUAAAUCGGUACAAAGAUGAUCUACUAUUUUAUAUGUUUUAUACAAAUGUUGGGGAUGUCUUGCAACUGGCAGCUGCGGCAGAAUUGUACAGCAGGGAAUGGAGAUAUCACAUGGAGGAGAAAGUGUGGAUAACGCAAGCACCUGGGUUAGGACUUGUAGAAAAAACAUCGACAUAUGAACGUGGUACUUACUAUUAUUUUGAUGCGCAAAACUGGAGGAAGGUAGCUAAGGAAUUCCAUCUGGAUUAUACAAAACUAGAAAGUAGACCUCAUCUUCCCACAAACUUUCAUCAAACCCAGCCUUGACUACAGAUCUGUCUGCAGAAAGUUAUGCUGUCUUUAAGCUGGAGAGGAAUCAGCUAUUGUAUAAAUGAACAAAUUUAAUAAUCUUUAAUAAAAAUAUAAAAUUUGAAGAGAGAGAGA